AUGGCGGCUGGAGGUGCCGUCCAGGAGCUCUGCGAGGAAGCCUCUUGCUCCAUCUGCCUCGACUAUUUCAGGGAUCCCGUCAUGAUCGUUGAGUGCGGCCACAAUUUCUGCCGCGCCUGCCUGACCCGCAGCUGGGGGGCGCCGGGGGCCGAGGCUUCCUGCCCUCAAUGCAGAGGGCGAGCUCGGAAGAGGAACCUCCGGCCCAACCAGCAGCUGGCAAACUUUGUGGAAAUAAUCCAGAAACUCAGUCUGCAAGAGGGAAAGGGGGCAGAAGGCGAGGGGGGCGUCUGCGAGAAGCACCAGGAGCCCCUGAAGUUUUUCUGCGUGGAAGACGAAGCCCCCCUCUGCGUGGUCUGCAGCAGAUCCGAGGAGCACCAAGACCACCAGGCAGUCGUGGUUGGUAGAAGAGAGAGAGUUUGCCAGAAGCACCAGGAGCCGCUGAAGCUCUUCUGCAAGGACGACAAAGCUCUCAUCUGUGUGGUCUGUGACCGAUCCAAGGAGCACAGAAAUCAUGAAACCCUUCCUCUUGAGGAGGCCUCCCAAGAGUACAAGGAUCAGUUCUGCAACCGUCUGGAGAUGCUGAAGAAGGAGAGGGAAAGAAUUGUGGCGUGUAAAGCAGAUGUAGUGAAGGAAAGCCAAGACUUGCUCAAGCAAGCUACAGGAGAGAAGCAAGAGACGGCAGCCAAGUUCAGGCAACUAUACUCAUUUCUGGAGGAGCAAGAGAAACUUCUGCUGGCCCGGAUGGAAGAGGUGGAGAAGGAGGUGGCAAGAAACAGGGAUCAGCACCUGACUGAACUCUCUGAAAAACUCUCCUCUCUGGACAGCCUCAUCUGGGAGAUGGAGGAGAAAUGUCAGCAGCCAGCCAGUGAACUCCUGCAGGAUGCCAGAAGUACCUUGCAGAGGUAUGAAGAAAAAGAGGUGUUUGAGGAUCCAGUGGCUUUUCUUCUUGCACAGAAGGGGUGCAUCUUGGACUUCUCCGAUCUAAAUCUCUUUUUGGAGGGCAUCAAGAAUCAAUUCAAAGAAACUCUGAAUUCUGGACUUGACCUGCAGAAAGCAAAUGUGACUCUGGAUCCGGACACGGCCCAUCCCCAACUCUUCCUGUCUGAGGAUCGGAAGAGCGUGAGAUGGGGAGAAAAAGCUCAAUCUCUGCCCAGCAACCCUGAGAGAUUUGAAAACUGUUACACUGUUCUGGGCCGUGAGGGAUUCACAGCAGGCAGCCAUUUCUGGGAAGUCCUUGUGGGAAGUGAGGAAGGAUGGGCUGUGGGGGUGGCCAGAAAGUCCGUGAGGAGGAAGGGAUGGAUCACCCUUAGUCCUGAGAAAGGGAUCUGGGCUGUGGGGAAGUGGGGGGGCUGCUACUGGGCUGCCUUAAAAGGCCAAUUCCUUCCCCUGUCCCUGACCGGGGAGCCCAAGAGGAUCCGAGUCUGCCUGAACUACGCUGGGGGCCGAGUGGCCUUUUUCGACGCUGAUCGGGGAUCCCUGAUCCACGAGUUCUCUGGAGCCUCCUUCUCUGGAGAGACCCUCCUGCCCUACUUUCGGGUGUGGGGAAAAGCCCAACUCAAAAUCUCUCCUUAA